CACGACUAAAUAAAUCGUACUUUAGCGCAUGCGCACUGUGCAGCCGCAGAGGCUCAAACAGUUGUGUACGUUACGCACUUCGUGCAAUGCAAAAACUCAGAAUUGUAAUGUGAAAAAAAAAUCCUUUCAAAUUUUACGAUUUCGAGUUUAUACUUUACCAUUUCUUAUUCGUGUAUUACUAUUUACACUACCCCUGCAUUUUCUCCAGUUGUGCAUUAGUCUACAAUAAAUUUCUCUAUUCAGAUUUGUUGGUUCUUAAAAAUAUAGUAGGGAAAUACCAUGUCGAGUGUUCAUACAGUACCCUUAUUGUUUUUAAAUUUAGGUGGAGAAAUGCUUUAUAUUUUAGAUCAGAGACUAACUGCCCAAAGAAUAGCAAAAGAUAAAUCCAUAAAAGUGAUGAAUGAUAUUGUGGGAAUUAUGUUCAAUGAUAGAUUUUUAAAGGAGCUUUUCAAACCUCAAGAAGUUUAUAAUAAACAUGCCUUACGAAAACUUUUUGAAGAUCUAGCACAUGCUUCCAUAAUGCGUUUGAAUAAGGCAAGCAUGGACAAAUUGUAUGAUCUGAUGACAAUGACAUUCAAGUAUCAGCUGUUUAUGGCAUCUCAACCACUGGAUAUUCUUUUCAUUACUCUGAAUCAUCUAGAUGCUGUCAGAAGUUUUGUUCCAUCACCAUAUCUACAAAAACAGAUUGACUUUGCCUAUGAGAUGCUCAUUGAUAAGUAUGGCCAUAUGACACUUGGAGAACUUCAGAACAUAAGAUAUUGUCUUCUUAAUUUUUUUCAAGAUCUGAAAGUCAGAGUUUCUGUCUUUUUAAAACAAGGUGUACAGCAAGAUGAUGGGAAAUUUCUGAUACCUGCAUCUGGUCAUGUUCCAUCAGGUUAUGAAGUACCUGGUUGUAUCAGGAUAUUCGGUUGGGAUGGACAGCUAAUUCAGGAGAGACCAUUUGAGAAUAAUGGUGCUUAUAUAGCUGCUGCAGCUGCUGGCUCCCUUGAUAAACGAGGGAAUAGGGGAACUAAACUUGGAUGCAAUAUUUACAGGGAACAUCCAAACCCCUCAAGUGAAAGCUCACUUCUGCAGGAAGCUGCCCCUCAAAGCUGUCAAGACCGGGAUGCUACAGAAAUGGCAACAACUGAUGUCCCAGCUGUUGGUCGAGAGGAACUCAAUUUAUUAAUGGCACAGGACACUUGUGAAGCUAGUCAGCAAAAAGGUACUGUGAAUAUUGAUGCAAUUAGUCAUCCCAGAUCAGCUGUACUGGACCAAAUUUAUGGAGAACUUACAAUUGAAGAACCUCCAGAAGAAGAUGGACCACAGGAUAUUGUAGAUAUGUUAGAUAAUUUGCUUUAAAUACUUCAGUGAAAGGACCAAAAUAACUUUCAUAAAGUAAUUUGUUUCCAUUCAUUGUUGGUAUUACAGUACAUUAAUAUUCUAGUCAAAAAUUGGCUGAGGGUAUGAUUGGGAAACUGAUGUUUCUUAUUGUAACUUUCUGUAUUAAUUGCAGUAAAAAAUAACCACAAUCAGAGUCUGAAAUAUAAUAUAAUGAUAAGAUGAAAUGAAUGAAAAAAUGUUAACCCUUAUUUAUUGAAAACUUAUUAACAUAAAGUUGUGAUUCCUUUUACACAAAUAAAUACAAGAGUUUCUUAAAGUAUUGUUCUCAGGGAUGUCAUUCUCUCUUGAAUUUCUUUAUUUUUAUUUAUUUUGAAAAUAAUUUACUUGAAGAGAAUGAAAUCAGGACUGUUAUCAAAUAACAUGCAAUUAAAAUGCACUUAAUGUCAGUAAGAUUGAAACAAAAUUUGAUCAGUAUUUCACAAGCAUUUAUUUGUUUACUAUAGCUAUAGUGAGAUUGUGCCUGAUGACUAGAUUUACUUCUAGAAGUAUCCUCAAUUCAAAAUCAAAAAUAUUUAUUUGCAGCCUGAAAAGAUAAAAGACAAUUUUGAUAAAUAUAAUAUUCUUUUGGAUAUCCUUGGGUGUCUUGUUUUUAGUUGUUGUUGUUGUUUUCAGUUAACAGCAUAUAUUUGUUUAUGAAAAUAAGUCAAAAUAAUCUUCAUAUUCACAUGAAUUUUCUCAUAUUUCCAAUUUUACUCUCAUUGUCAGUAUUGUUUGAUGUGUAUACAAUGUAUAUCAGUCAUAUCUUUUAUUGAUUUAAUAAUAAUUUUGUCAUGGACUACAAAUGUUUACUGUAUUGAAGGACUUAGGGCAGUAACAAGAUACAAUAAAUUUUGACUAAAAUCAAAAUAUUAACAUUUACGAAUAGUGGAAGGCUUGCUAUGGCUGGUGUGGCUUUUCUUGUUUCUGCUCUAAGCACUUUAAUUGUAAGUGAUGGUUGCAAAGUGCCUUACAUCUUCUAUUUAUGCAAGUUAGUUCCCACCACUGAAGGUAAUCAUUAUCACCAAUUGAAAUGUCCAAAACCCAAUAAUUGUAAACAAUUUACGCAGAAACAGAAAGUUCUCACUCACCCACACAGCACAAAAAUAAAUAUUAAUUUUUUCCAAUAUUAUUGUGCAGCUUCUUUGGUGUUGUUGAAGUGUGCCUCUAGGGGAAGAAAAAAUUAACUUUCUGUGCUAAUGUCAUUUACAUAGUUAAUAAUGGGUCAGAUGAUUUAUGCUUCUAUGUCAAUAGUCAUUCAAACAAACUUAGAUA